UGGGCGGCAGCAGUCGUGUGACCAACGACCUAAAAACGCUCCAGGCGUCGCCUGUGUCCAGGCUCACAUAGGCUCACAGGCUUCGCGAGAGGUCAUUAAAGGUACACUCCUCCAACUGCCUUGGAGGGAGCCCGGUCACGUGGUACAACGUGCUACGCAACUACCCGAGCGACCCGAAUCUGGGAGGCUCCGGGCAAUGUUUCGUGUUAAGCCAAACAGAGCCUUAUAAAAACCGCAUGACAACGUUUACUGCAACAUACCUACAGAAUAACGAAUCUCAAACGUUGGAUCUCCCUACGCAAGUAAUCUCCACGCCGGGGUAUAAAGUGGGGAAUGCGAUGCAAGUGAUACCAUCGUGCCCAGGGGAGCCUCAGACUUAUCCAGCAAUCUACGUAGAUUGUGACAAGUGUCUAAUAUUAAGGACUCCAGCAAACAAUGGUACUGGGUGUCUCUACCUUACACCUGAUCCAGAAAAUUUGGAUUUCUGCUGCCAGUACAUCUUUGACUUGACCUGUGGCCCGGCCCGGCACACGUUUUACGACCCAGAUACUUGUCCCGAUCUCUGCUAACGUUCAAUUGUCUUCCACUGGUAAUCUGCGAGUCCUCGGUGGCUUUCUGCUACAUGUGGCUGCAGCGCUGCUGUGGUGAAGUAUUGCAAAUAUACAGAAGCCCACUAAUGUGCAGUGCCCGCAUGCGUACAGCAGCUGAAGCGAAUGAGAUUACCGUAUA